AUAAUCAGCUUUAAAUUCUCCUCUCUCUCUCUCUUUUUUUCUUUAAUAUUAUGAGUGAUGGUAAUAAUGAUUCACAUGGCUUAAAUCAGCGCAUGGCUGAUAUGAGCGUCAACAACAAUAACUCUGGUGGUUAUCAAAAGGCAGCUUAUAUUCCUCCUCAUCUCCGUGGAAGAGCUUUUGCUCAAGAAGGUGCACCUGUCAACACCGGUAACAACAACAAUGGUUGGGACAAACCUGCUCCUAGACCUGGAUGGAGAGAUAACUAUUCAGACUAUGGAGGUGCUGGUGGUGGUGGUGGAAGAGGUGGCGGAUGGAGUGGCCGUUCCUCUAACAACUCUAGCUAUGGAGGUAACCGUUCUCAAUUUGAUGAACGCGGUUCUUAUGGUGGUUAUCGUAGACGAGGUGGUGGAGGACCUCCUGGUGGCGGUGGUGGUAGAAGAGAUAAUAACGCUGGUUACUGGAAGGAAGGUGUUCAUCAUGUUGGUCCUCGUAACCCUCAUAUUGAAAAGGAAUUAUUCGGUACACCUGAAGAUAAAGAGACAACCCAUACAGGUAUCAACUUUGACAAGUAUGAUAAUAUUCCUGUCGAAGCCUCUGGUAGAGAUGUUCCUGCUGCUAUUGAAGAGUUUACUUCUCCUCCUAUUGAUACUCACUUAUUAAGUAACAUCGAAUUAGCAAGAUACACUACACCUACUCCCGUUCAAAAGUAUUCUAUUCCAAUCGUCAUGAACAACCGUGAUCUCAUGGCUUGUGCUCAAACAGGUUCUGGUAAGACGGGUGGUUUCCUUUUCCCAGUUUUACAUAGUUUGUUUGAACAGGGACCUGCACCUAGUCCUGAUGGUGAUAGACAAGAUGCAGCUGGUGUCUAUCGUCCCAACAAGGCCUAUCCUGAAGCCUUAAUUCUUGCUCCUACUCGUGAAUUGACUUCUCAAAUCUUUGAAGAAGCCAAGAAAUUCUCUUACAGAUCUUGGGUUCGUCCCUGUGUUGUCUACGGUGGUGCUGAUAUCGGUCAACAAUUACGUCAAAUUGAUCGUGGUUGUGAUAUUCUGGUUGCUACUCCCGGUCGUCUUGUUGAUCUUAUAGAACGUGCUCGUGUCUCUCUUAAAAAGGUUCGUUUCUUGAUUUUGGAUGAAGCUGAUCGUAUGUUGGAUAUGGGUUUCGAACCUCAAAUUCGUCGUAUUGUACAAGGUGAAGAUAUGCCCGGUGUUCAAGACCGUCAAACUCUCAUGUUCUCUGCUACUUUCCCUAAAAACAUUCAAAUGUUGGCCCGUGAUUUCUUGAAGGAAUAUGUCUAUCUUGCUGUAGGUCGUGUCGGUGCCACCUCAGAGAACAUUACACAAAAGAUCGAGUAUGUUGAAGAUGAAGAUAAACGUUCUGUCUUAUUAGAUAUCUUGACUUCUCAUCCUACCGAAGGUUUAACCUUGAUCUUUGUGGAAACCAAGCGUAUGGCUGAUGCAUUAAGUGAUUUCUUAAUGUCCAACAACUUCCCUGCUACCUCAAUUCAUGGUGAUCGUACUCAACGUGAGCGUGAAAAUGCCUUAGAAGCUUUCCGUACUGGUAGAGCCCCCAUCAUGGUAGCUACUGCUGUUGCUGCUCGUGGUUUAGAUAUUCCUAAUGUCACUCAUGUCAUCUCGUAUGAUUUGCCUACAGAUGUGGAUGAUUAUGUCCAUCGUAUUGGUCGUACGGGUCGUGCUGGUAAUGUGGGUGUUGCUACUGCCUUCUUCAAUAGAGGCAAUAAGAAUAUUGCACGUGAAUUGGUUGAACUUUUAAAGGAAGCCAAUCAAGAAGUUCCCUCAUGGCUUGAGAGCAUAGUACGUGAAUCAUCGGGCGGAAGAGGUGGUUCCAGAGGUGGUCGUGGAGGACGUGGAGGUUCCAGAGAUUACAGACAACGAAAUGAUUACGGAGGAGGAGCUCCAAGCAGAGGUGGCUAUGGCGGUGGAGGCUAUGGUGGCGGUGGAGGAGGAUACGGUGGUGGAGGAGGAGGUUAUGGCAAUAAUGCUGGCGGUGGUGGAGGAUACCAAGAUCGUAGUGGAGGAUCACAACCAUCAUACGCACCCUCUUAUGGAGGCGGAACUGGACAUCGUAAUGGCCAAAGCAAAACUAGUUGGUUCUAAAAUGAAAUCUACCGCACUUCAAAAAAAAAAAAAAUAGUAGAUUAUGACAUAUGUAUAAAAAAAAAAUAACCUCUACAUAUAUAUAUUUCAGACACAAGUAAUAAUUACAAAAAAAAGUUGUUUUUUUUUUCUUCUUCCUUUUUUAAUAAAAAUGCACAUAAUCUUGUUUUUUUUUUCAAUACAAUUAUU